AUGGGACCAAAAAGGAAACCGCCUAUGUCUAAUGAUUCUAUCGAUCCAACUGAUUCGACUUUUGAAGAUGACUGGGAUAAAUUAGAGAUCAAACUUAACGAGUGGGUUAAAUCAUCACUCCCGGGCCUCGUUACGAGCAUUAUGCAAUCUCACUAAAAUCGUCGACGACUACGGUAUAUCUCAUCGACUGAGUUUCAAAGAUCUCUGGCUGAUAGUAUCAACUUCGAUGCCGCCGGUUCUGAAACUCAACUUGGCUCAUCGGGAAAAAAGAUAAAUGAACUAAUAAAUUCAAAUCAAGCAAAGACAAUCAAACUGGAUGAAGAGUUAACCAAACUUAAGAAUAAUCUAACGCUGAAAGACAAAGCCAUAGCAGGUCUUGAAGAUGACAAUUAUAGACUAUCACAAGAAGUAGACGACUUGGAGCAAUAUACAAGAAGAAACAAUGUUCGCAUCUAUGGAGUUGCUGAACAGCCAGAGGAGAACAGUGAUAAUCUUGCAUUCGACUUCUUCAAAUCUGAACUCAACGUGGAUAUUGCUUCAAAUAACAUAAGUAGAUCUCAUCGUGUAAGCAAGAAAUCUGGAGUCGAACCAAGACCUAUUAUUAUGCGGUUUACUAAGCAUAAUUCUAAAGUUGCGGUCAUGUCUCGCCGCCGUGUGCUCAAGGAACGUAAACGUCCAUUCAACCUUCCAGAGGAUUUAAGAGGGGGGCAUUGGGGUAUAUUAGAAACCGCAAAACCGAAGAAAAAAAUCAUCCAAAACCGAAAACCGCAUACAAAACCGUCAAAAACCGAUACAAUGGUGACAAGUGGGGCAUACAGAGCAAACUAAACUAACACUAAUUUCACCAAAGUAUUUGUGAAUGUCAUGGACUUUGUCUGAAGCCUUCGUAUCUUUUUGUGUCUGCUUAAAUCAUAGGCUUUGUUUCUGCCGCUCUCUCGAGCCCAGACUUUGCGGCUCAAUUUCCGAAAAGCCGCUAGUUAUGGAGCCUAGUUAAUUUGCACACAAGUCCUCUUUAGAAUGGCAAUUUUGCAGUCGCAAAAAGCUAUAGCUCUGGAAACUUCAACCGAAAAUCUCUAAUCGAACAUUUCCAUUUGAUAACUAACACCGGAAAGUUUGGAGACUCGAUUGUCUAACAUGCGAUUGCACUGAGCUGAGUCGACACUGAGGAAGCUAACCGGUACAAUUAGUUCCUUUUCAGUUUUACAUGGCAGCAGGAACUUGCUCUAAGGUUUAAUGUGGUAAUAAACAGAUACUCAAAAAAGCAGUCGAUUACUGAAACUCACUGCCCUUCCAAAAACCAAAAACCACAUCGGGUACCAAAACCGAAAAACCGCUAGUAUUUUUCACGAAAACCGAAAACCAGAUGCUAAAAAACGAAAAAUCCGCAAACCGCAAUGACCACCAAAUCCGAAAAACCGAAGUCUUUUGCAACAAAAACCGAAAAACCAAUCCAAAAAAUAGCCAAAACCGCAAAACCGAAAAUCCCAAUGCCCCCCUCAUUUAACCAUCAAUCGCCGCGAAAUUCUUAAAUACUUAAACAAGGAUAUUGAAGAAGGCAUUGUCAGCAAAGUCUGGACUGUGGAUGGAGUAAUAUCUUUUCGACCUUCUGGUGACAGCUCUGUCAUCGAACGCUGUACUUCUUUAGAGGAUUGUCAGGAGAUCAUAGCUAAGUAUUGCGAAUAG